GCUAGUGGCACGGCUGACGCGCGUUGUGUUUGGAGCAGUCGUCGAUUGACGUUAGCUCGCGUGAGAGCUUCGUGUCGUUUCGUUGUUCCCCCUGUUCCCCCUUCCCGCGAUCAGCGUCGUUCACUUUCCAUCCAUCGACGUUAGUAUAGUAGAACCGCGUCGAAAGAUCGCUCGAUCGAUCGGGAUGUCACCAAGUGUUUCAUCCUGUCGUCUUCGGCUAAGACGACGGUUGUGAAGGUUGAAACGUCGUCAUCUUGUCCGAGAGAGAAAGUUAAAAAGUUAACACGCACGAGCCGCGCGUGCGACGACGAGAAGUGCCUUAAUUCGGUAUACACAUGUUGUGCGUGUGAGUGAAUGAGUGUCGUGUACGGAUGCACGGUGCCCCUUGACUUGUCAAUGCGGAAUCAACAAGUGGCAUAGCAGCUGAGCGUGUGAGCGCGUGCGCGCGCGCGCGCGCGAGUCCCGAUUCUAACCUCCGCGGAUCAGCGGCGAUUCCUCUCGCUUAUUUACGCGCGCUCUGCCACCGCCAACGGCGAGUAUCGCGCCGGUGAUUAAUGUGAUCUCGCUGUGUGUGCCCCCCUACCCCGCCCCCGUUUCCUUGCAACGCGUGCCCUUGGAUAUUACGUUGGCUGCGAUCCGGUGUCGGCUACGUCCGAAUAUCUCAAGAUGGAAGUCGUCUAUAUAGAUGAGCGAGAAGAUGUACAGAAGAAAACGUUCGCCAAAUGGAUAAAUUCGCAGCUUCUUAAGAAUCAUCACGAGCCGAUCAGCGAUUUGUUUGUGGAUUUACGAGAUGGAAAUCGUUUGUUAUCCCUCUUGGAAGUGCUCACUUCUAAAACUUAUAAAAGAGAACGCGGUCGAAUGCGAGUGCAUCAUCUUAAUAAUGUUAACAAAGCAUUGCAAAUUCUUGAGCAAAAUAAUGUGAAACUUGUCAAUAUUAGUAGCAAUGAUAUUGUUGAUGGUAAUCCGAAAUUGACACUUGGUUUGGUGUGGAGUAUUAUUUUACAUUGGCAAGUACAUUAUCAUUUGAAAGAUUUGAUGACAGAAUUACAACAAACCAAUUUAGAAAAAACACUUCUUGCAUGGUGCCGUCAAAAUUCCCAGAAUUAUCCUGGUGUUGAUAUUAAAAAUUUUACAACAUCUUGGUCGGAUGGAUUGGCGUUUAAUGCAAUCUUACAUAGAUGGAAACCUCAUUUGUUUGACUUUAAUAAUAUCGCGCGUAAACAUCCAAAUGCUAGAUUGGAUCACGCUUUUCGACUUGCACAAGAACAUCUUGAUAUCGAACGUCUUUUGGAUCCUGAAGAUGUCAAUACUUCAGUACCAGAUAAAAAAUCCAUAAUGAUGUACGUUAUGUGUCUCUUUCAAUCCUUACCACAUUCUGGGGAUGAUGUUGGCGAACUGGAUCUUUCAAUCGCAAGUGACAGUACUCCAGUCAGUCCAGUUACAACACCAGGAACAGAGAAUACUUUAUCGUUCAGCAAUUUCGGAUUGCCAGCUUCCCGUCCGAUAAGUUUGGCUACAAAUGUUUCUGUCGAGCUUGGCGGUUAUCAGGUCGCGCUUGAAGAUGUUCUAACAUGGCUUUUGGAAGCAGAGGAUAAAUUGAAUCAUGCCCCCGAGCCAGGCUCGACUCUAGACAUAUUGAAACAACAAUUUCACGAACACGAAACCUUUUUGAUGGAAUUAUCUGGUCAUCAAGACGGAGUAGGAACUGUUCUAGAGGAAGGUGCAAGAUUAUUAGCUGAAGGCGGAUUACAUAAAGAUGAAGAACAUGAAGUGCGUGUGCAAAUGUCCUUACUGAAUUCUCGAUGGGAAGGACUUCGAAUGCGUGCUAUGGAAAGACAAACCAAAAUUCACGAGGUCUUAAUGCAAAUGCAACAGACACAGUUAGAUGCACUGCGACAAUGGCUGACAAAAAUGGAAGAUCGGAUUUCUUUGAUGGCAGCAACUGAAAUAAAUCCGUCAACUCUCGAGGAGCAAAUGAAACAUUUGAACGAAUUGGAACAAGAUAUUCAGGCACAACAAGACAUAGUCGAUGGUAUGAGAAAUAUGGUAGUGGUCGUGGACGAAGAAAGUUCUGAGACAGUUUAUGCUCAAAUGGAAGAUCAAUUGUCCGCUCUUGGUGAACGUUGGAGUCACAUUUGUCAGUGGAAAGAAGAACGACGCCAGCGAUUGGAAUCCCUGUCUAUGCUUUGGCAGAGUAUUAUUGAUGAUUAUAAAAGACUGGUAGCAUGGUUAAACGAAAUUGAAAUUACGUUAAAGCAAAUGGAAGCUAAUCCAGCAUCUGAAUUUGGUGAAGUACUAGACAGAAUAAGAAAGUUGCAGAUUCUUAAAGCAGAAAUGGAUAUAAAUCAGAAAAAAUUAAUGUCUUUACAAGAAUCAAUUCAGGAUUUAGAUGGCAAUAGCUCAUCUUCAGAUUACGCGAAUAUUUUGGAGAAGAUUGAAAACUUGCAAGAUCGAUGGGAAGCUGUUGGACAAAUCAUGGAGGUUCAAUCUCAAAGGAUAACAAACUCUGGAUUUGAAUUUGAUUUAAAGUCCGAAGAAAGCAUAACAACUAUUAAAGGAAAUGAAUGGAUGUCUGAAACGGUAACAAGUAUAGCAUACAAAGAAGAGAUUACUGCAACAUCAACGCCACAUAGUGAUUCAAAGAAGCGUCGUGUGGAUAGCUCCACUAAACACGAGUUUGAAUCGGCAUUACUUCAUUUAUAUAAAUGGCUAGAUUAUGUUGACUUAGAAAUUAGUCGUUCAGAAGGAGUAUUCGAUGAAUUAAGCGUGGAAGAGAAGAAAGUUGUUUACAAAGAUACUCUUGUAGACGUGGAAUCUCAUAAGAAUGAAUAUGAUAAAGUUCUUGAAAUUGGUAAACAACUUAUCGAUGAAUUAAAGAACGCAAACGAGUCCAUUGAAGAAGAAGAAUCCAAAAUUAAGGACAUACAAAAUUGUUGGAUAGCGACAAACAAUCGUUUGCAGGAAAUAAAGAAGCGGAUAGAUUAUCUGGAAGAAGUAAAGAAAUUCCGGACUGAACUAGCCAGUUUAAAUCUAAUGUUGGAGAGUUAUACAAAGUGGUUUGAUACAAAUAAAGAAAACAAUCAAAUAGAACCAUUCAGAGUUAAAAUGAAAUCAAUGAAGUCACAUGAUGAGCGCAUAAAAAAUAUGCUUGAGAAAGCAAAUGAACUGUCAGAAAAUCAAAUUGCGAUUACAGAAAGUAGUAAUGUGGAUUUGGACAUAAAAGCAUUUUCCACUAAUUGGGAAAAAUUAUACACCAUGUUAUCGGAUCGAUUAACUGAAGUAAAUAAUGCUAUCGAUCGAACACCACCUAAAAAGUACACUGAGGCAGUCACUAGUUUGAUGUCAUUUAUCAACAAUAUCGAAGGUGUUCUAUUGUCAGAACAUGUAGUUAUAUCUGAUGAAAAAAUUAUGGAAGAGCAAAUAGAAAGAUUUAAAGCUAUACAAAGUUCAUUAAAAGAACAAGAACAAACUUUCAAAUAUGUUAAUUCCACUGGACAAGAUCUCAUAGCGAAGAUAAAUGAUGAUUCUUUAGGACAACGGCUUAAAGAUGAAUUGCAAGACUUGAAUACUAAAUGGAGUGAUAUUCCUAUCAUUUUGGAAGAAAAACAACAGAGUCUUGUCAAAGAUAUUGCAACUUCGCAAGCGUUUAGUACUGAACUUUCUACACUUGAAGCUUGGUUGGAAAAGUCAUCAUUAUAUCUAGAGGAUUUAUCUAAAGCGGACAUUACAGAUAAUGUUGAAAAUAUUCAGCAUAAAUUAGGGCAAAUUCGUUCGUUUUCUCAGGAAAUAGACAAAACAAAACCACAGAUAGAAGCACUUCGAACAUCGGCAAAUGCAAUACUCGAGAAAUCUGAAGCUAAUUUUGCAAAUCUAUUAAAUAGCAAAUUACAUACUAUAGCGUAUAAAUGGAAUGAUAUUCUCGAUGAGACUAGAAGUUUAAGUGACAAAUAUGAGAGUGCUUUAAAGAAGAAUGAUGAUAUUAUAAAUGGUAUAGAAGAUUUCACAAAGUGGUUAUCGAGUUUAGAAAAAGAUAUCCCUGUAGAUUCGAGAAUAACAUCUUCAGUUGAACUUUUUCAAGUGCGUGGUCGAUAUCAAGCACUGAAAGACAAAGUUGACAAACGAGUGGAAGAGUUCAGAAACUUGAAUGAAAUAGGAAAUGAUAAAUUAUUAAGUUCAGAAGGAGCAUCCGUGCAAGAGUUGGGUAGACGCUUUACUUUCUUAAAUGCACGAUGGACCGACGUUACAGAUCGCAUAUAUGAACACUACAGACAUUUACAAAAUGCUAGUCAUGAAUACGGGGAAUUUCGGGCUUUAGUUGCGCAGGAAAGCGAUUGGUUAGAUAAGUUAGAUAAACGAUUAAAAAAAUCACCUAAAACUGCUGCAGAUGCAGAAGAAAUAUCAGAAGAACUUGAUGAUUUAGAAAAUUACAUACGAAAUCACCCGGAAUCUAGACUUGAGAAGAUUCAAGAAAUUGGUAAACAACUCAUCGAUAGUAAUAUCAUGACUCAUUCUAUUGAAACAGAUGUGGAAGGAUUAACAAAUCGAUGGGAAAAUCUAAAUAAGCAGGCAGGGCAACGGGCCAAGCUGCUGGAAGGAUCAGUGAAACAAGCCCAACAAUCGGAAGGGCGCAUCCUUGCUCUCCAACAUUCUUUAACACAAAUAGAUUCUGUACUAACUGCACGUCUUGAUUGUGACCUCACUGCUGAUGACUUGCCUCAUGAUUAUCAGAAAUUAAUGGAAGAGUUGGAACAACAGCAUGCUACACUCGAAGAAAUGGCAUCACAAAUUGAAUCGUAUAAAGCUUCUGGUAAACAAGAAGCGGCGCUUCGACUGCAAGAACAAAUGUCUCUGAUUGAACAAAAAUAUACUAAAGUCCAGGCAAAGUUUCAACGUUUUCGUUGUCCGAUCAAUAUAGAACCUAGAUUAUCAAGAGCUUUACGAGAACUCAGGGGAAUAGAGGAAGCAACUUGCUUGUUAGAGCUAUCAUCAGAAGAUCCCGAAGUCAUCGAAGGUCAACUAAAACAUUGCUUGCGCUUUUAUCAAACUUUAAGUGAGAUUAAAAGUGAAAUUGAAUGUAUAAUUGUUACCGGGAGAAAAUUAGUUAAGGAUGAAACUAUUCCCGAGUCUGAUAAAUUUUCAAAGCGAAUUGAUAUGUUAAAGGAAUUAUAUAAUAAGCUUGGUCGUCAUAUAACAGAAUCCAAAUCUAUAUUAGAAUCGGCAUCAGACUUGUCAUGCGACAUACAGAAAAAGUUGACAUACAUUAACAUGUCAGUUGAGAGCAUAAAUAAGGAGUUAGAUACGCAAAAGAGCAUGCCCGAUCUGCCAGUAAAUGCGAUAUAUGUACGAGAGACUUUGACUGAAGUAAUUCCGCAUCUCAAUAUUAUAAGAGACAAAUUGCUUAGAUUGCAAGAUGAAUUUUCAAAGUUAUGCGAUCCUAUGUAUCUCGAACAACUUAAAGAAAAAAUAUCAGACAUUAUUACAAGAUUAACUAAUACAGAAAAAAGACUGCGACUGUGUAAGGGCUCAGAGGAUGAACCUAAUGUCGAUGAAAUAAACGCAUGGCUUCUUCAAAUUGAAGAUAAAUUAAACAAGUUAGAUGCAGUUCCAAUUGAUCAACUUACAGAACAUCACUUUGAACAGUGCAAGGCUGUGCAAAGUGAAAUGAUAGAAGCAAAACCUAAAGUUAAUCAGCUUCAACGUUAUGCAUUUUAUCCUAAAGUAGCUGAAAUAUGUGAAAAAUGGGAAGAUAUCUCUAACAGAAUACAGGAAUGGAUCCACAAAAUUACAGACAAUUUAUUAAUAAAAAGUAAAGCAGAAGCUUCUAAGGGGAGAGACAAUUACGGACGCAACAAAUUACCUAGACAGCUGGAACAAACUUUAGCACAUCCUGUUAAAAAAGAAAAAAAAUUAAUAGAUGAGAACGAAGCUAUUUAUGGCAUAGGAUAUCUUAAUCCUGCAUUUGAUGAUAAUCAAUGUACUAUUAUUAAUACGCCUGAAACUUCGCCCAUUGAUGUACCUCAUCGAAGUAGAAAAUCUUCUGCUAAGUCGGAAAAAGUAAAAGCUAGAAUUGUAGAUGUCAGUAGAACCGUUAGGCGAAAAUUAGAUAUGAGUUCUGUACCUGAUGUUGUUCAGACUUCUCAACCGCAAAUUGUUCAAAUUGAUGAUGACCUACCUUCGCCUUGUUCUGAUACAGAUGUGCACAUGACUGAUGAAGAAGAAUUCUUUCUGACUAAAAACAGUAAAUUAUUUUCUCAAGUAUCUAGUAAUACCUUGACAGCAACAGAGACAAAGACGUCUAACGUAGCUUGUGCACAACAGAAUCCAUUUCGUAUUGUUGAAGUGAAAGAAAUGGAAAUUGUGAAAUCAGUAGCAUCUUCCGAAAAUCAUGUAAUUUUGCCAAGUGCUAAUGUCAGUGUUGGAUUGAUGCCGCAAGUAGUUGAAAGAGUGGAAAUUAUCGAAGAUACUGAGACAGAAGCUGAAUCUAUAGAUACUGAUACAGAAGACAGGGAACUUAGGGGAAAAAUGUCUUCUGUUAUUGGUGUUGUAGAGCAAGUAAAUAAAAAGAAAGAACUUGUGCCAAUCCUAAAGAAGAAAAAAACUUCAGUCAAAUCUUCUACAAAAAAUAUUAAAAGACUUGUAUUAAAAUUAGAUUUAGACACUGAUCAAAGUAAUGUUAUCGAAUCAAAUAAAAGUACAACAUUUUCCAGUAAUGAACCAUUGAAAAAUACAGAAGAAGCUAACAUUGCAGAAAUUUCGAAUGCUGAAUGUAGUAAGGUAGAGCAACAAUUAAAAGAAAGAUUAAAUAAAUUACCAGUUUCAAUGUUGAAAGAUACAGAAAGUGUGGCGGAGUAUCUUAUAUUAGAUGAUAAUAAAGAAAUUGAAAAAUCCGACAUGGAAAUCAAUGAGCAAACAGAUUAUGCUAAAUCACAAGAUUUAAUAACAAUGCAAGAAAAGGUAGCUGAAAAGACUAUUGAAUAUCCUAAAAUAUAUGAAAAUGCUGGUGAUGCGAGUUGUAGCAGAGAAGAAAAACUAUAUAAGAAAUCACCAUUAUUAAAACGUACAAAGAAUCUAUCAAAAGAUGAUACAUUGGAAGAUUGCGAAAGUUUUUAUGGCAGUGAUAAGGAAACAGAUGAUGUGUUGAUAUUUUCGGAUGAUACAGAAAUUGAUGUUGGUAGUUCCAGUUCAGAUGGAGAAGAUACUAAUUUAGGGAAGCAUGUUGAGCACCUCUUGGACAAGAUUAAACUUGAAAAGUCUCGACCGCUCAUGCAUAAGAUGGAAACAAAAACUUUUAAUGAGAAAGCACUAUUUAAAGGUUCAAUAAGUACAUCUCGAACAACAUUAGAGAAAAAUAUUUUAGAAUUUGAACAGUUAGCACAAAUGAUGCUAUGUAGAAUGGAUGUUAUGUUAAUGAGUAUUAGCGGUAUCUCUAAUGAAAAAGAUCCUACUAAACGUCUUGAGAUACUCAAAAGCGAAAUUAGUACUCUUGCCCCAGAUGCAGCAGCUUUAAUCAGUAAAGGAGAUGAUCUAGUUAUGACAAUACAUAUGACUGAUCCUGGACGAGCAGAAAAAAUAAAGAAUGAACAUCAAGAUAAGCUAAGGAGUAAGUGGCAUCAAGUUAUGGCAGAAAUUAAAACCCGCAGAAAACAGGCACAAAAAGCAGAAGAAACUUUGCGGCAAUAUAAUAAUAUAAUCACAGAACUUGAGGAUUGGUUCAGAGAUGUACCAUUGAAACUUGAACAGGCUAAUAAUUAUGAAGGUCAAUUAGAAACAUUUACUGAGGAAUUUGAUGCAAAACAAAUACAAAUACACAAAUUGAACGAACUAGCUGUGGAAUUGAAAAAAUUAAAUGUUAACUACUCCGAAUCAGUACGUUAUAACAUUAACAGCAAUUGGCAAAAAGUUAGUUCACAGUUCAAACGAUUUAGUGGUAGCAAAGAUAAAGAUAAACAGGUGAUCGACAAGAAAGUAGAAUUGGAUAUUGAUAAUGUAAAUCCGCAAGAAUUUAUUGCGCGCAUUAUCAAACUGAGAGAAGCGAUCUCGACUGUGUCGCGAUCUUUAAAUUCUUUGCCAUUGAGUGGUAAAGAUUACGAGCUAUUUACAAGUCAAGAAGAAUGUUUAAAGAAAAUUGGCAAUGCUUUAAAUAUUUUGAAGCCAAGUGUCGAUGAAAUGAAUUACAUUUGUGAAAGUGUCACGCGGCAAGCCAAAAGAGAACAAGCCGAUCAAAUAAAACAUUUAAGUGAAAAGUUGCAAGAUGAAUGGACAAAUAUAAAUCAGAGCUACGUAGAAAGAUAUAAUCGUUGGAUUAAAUGUUACGAAAAAUGGAUGGAACUGUAUAAUACGUGCCAAACAUUUUCGGAAUGGUUAGAUAAGAUGGAAGAUGCUCUAAAAAAAUGUAAUGUUUAUAGCCAUUCUAAAGCAAGCAAGACGAAAACUUUCGAAUUAGAGCAAGAAGUUUCUAGAAUGCAAAGAACAUUGAAUAAUAUUAACACAACGAAUACAGAUAUAUCUGAUCGAGCCUCCGUUGAAGAUAUGAUAGAAUUACAAAAUAUAAUUGAAAACAUUAAGCAACGCUGGCAAAAUUUAGUAGCCGAAAUAAGCGCGCGAAAAGAAAAGAAUUUUGCUAUGGAGAAAAAAAUAAACAAUGACGGUAGAGUCUUGGAAACGUCGUACAAUAUCAUAGAACAAGUUAACACUCUGUUGGUAUCUGCAGCAAAUCCUUCGGACGAAACCUCAUUAUCGAUUCGAUUAUCAUUAAUUAAGGCAAGAGAAGAAGAACUUUCGUCUCGGAAAAGAGCUUUGCAAGCCUUAGUAAGUCAACAUAACGUUCCUAGAGAAGAAGACGAGAGCUGCAGACUUCUCUCGGAUAUGGAUAAGGCUAAUGCAAGUCUCUCAAAUCAUCGCGAAUACGUGGAAUGUAAACUUGCAUCGCUUAGAAAAUACAUUUGUACUUUGGAUGCUGUUAUGGUAUGGAUUAUGGAAACGCGAACGCGAUUAAGUAUUUCUCAAGAGUUGCCGCAACAUGAGCGUGAUGAAAUAAUUAAAAAUAUUAUGUCUAGGGUCGAAGAUCGUGAGAUGGAAGUAAAAGAUGUGUUAGAAAAUUAUACUAAUUUGGAAAAAGAAUGUGAAUCAGCAAAACAGCCAGUUUCUGUUGAACUACAGGAAAAGCUGAAGAAAUUGAGAGAGGAUUGGCAGUUUGUAAAGUGUUAUGGUGACAAUUAUGAAGUUUCUUCCACAAUUUCUAUUGGAGCUACAUCAAAAGAAGUGGAAAGGAGUGUAGGCACCGCAGCACCGGGGGCGGCGGGUGCAGCUGCAGGGGGCUCUCGGGGGCUGUCACCCUCUCCCGCCCCCUCAUCACCGUCGACCCCCGUAGCGACUAGCAGUCCCUCCGUUUCCUCGGCUUCGUCUUCACCUUCACCCUCCACCUCAGCUUCCGCUCUUGUCGCGGGACUCGAUAAAUCAGUGCUUCAGAUACGUGACUGGCUUACGGUCGAAGAAGGGAUGUUGCGACAACAAUCCGUAGUCGUCGGCGAUGUCGACGAAAUUAUGCAUCUUCUUGAUAAGCAAAAGAACGUCUUACGGGAGCUGGAACAAAAGAAACCGCAAUUAGACGAACUGGUUCACACGGCCGAGAACUUGCGCGCUGACACGAAUCGACAACAGUUGCACGGCAAAGUUACCAAGCUGAGGGAACAUUGGGACGAGACCAAUUCAAAAGUCAUGCAAAGGAAGACGCAGUUGGACAUGAUGCUGGGAGACAGUCAGCGAUAUGAGGCGAAGAGGAACGAGGUGGAGGUCUGGUUAGCGCGAAUGGAAACUAGACUCGAGAGAAUGCGAGCUGUAGGACAUACCGCCGACGUACUCGAAGCGCAGCUCAGGGAACAAAAGUCGUUCCACGCCGAGCUGCAUCAAUAUAAGCAUCACAUUGAACUUUUUAAUCAGCUCACUCAGAAGCUGAUAGCUGUUUAUCAACAGGACGAUACUACACGUGUGAAGAAAAUGACGGAGACGAUCAAUCAGAGAUACAACAAUCUGAACACGAGCAUCAUCAAUCGGGGAAAACUACUACACUCCGCAAUGAACUCGCUUCACAACUUCGACCGGUCUCUAGACAAGUUCUUGGCCUGGUUGAGCGAAGCAGAAUCCUCGAUGGAAGGAUUGGAAGCGGAAGCCGAUCGACUAGGUGGACGACGAGACCAGGGCGCGCUCAGACGACCGCAACAUCAGCUUAAGGAUCUUCAGUCGGAAAUCGAGACGCACCGAGACGUUUACGCAUCUUUGAACGGCACCGGACGAAAAUUACUGAGCUCAUUAGCGAGUCAGGAUGACGCUGUUAUGCUGCAACGUCGAUUGGAUGAGAUGAACCAAAGAUGGCAUCAUCUAAAGGCAAAGAGCAUGGCAAUCAGGAAUCGCUUGGAAAGCAACACGGAGCACUGGAAUGCUUUGCUGUUAUCGUUGCGCGAACUCAUUGAAUGGGUGAUAAGGAAAGACACAGAGCUCACCGGAUUGGGACCCGUUUGCGGCGAUGUGGCUGCGCUACAAAAACAACAAGACGACCAUCGUGGCUUUAGAAGACAGCUGGAGGACAAACGACCGGUCGUGGAGAACAAUUUGCUGAGCGGCCGCCAGUACAUCGCCAAUGAGCCUCCGCUGUCGGACACAUCGGACUCUGAAGCAGGCAGAGAAUUGGACGGUGAUUCCAGAGGAUACAGAAGCGCCGAGGAGCAGGCGCGCGAAUUGACGCGGAGCAUUCGCCGCGAAGUGAAUAAACUUUCGGAGCAGUGGAACGCUUUAAUCGAACGUAGCGAUGCGUGGAAGCGGAAACUCGACGACACCUCUAACAAAAUAUGUGUCUUCCAAAAGUCUCUCGAGGAUCUCUCCUCGCGGAUGGCCGCGGCCGAGGCGAUCCAGAGCGGCUGGCAAAAUCCAAAUGACGCCAACGAGGCAACGGAAUUGCUCGAGCAGUUGCAGAAAUUUGGCGAACGACUGGUACCUAUUCAGAGGAACAUCGAGGAUGCGAACGAUCAGGCGAGCGUCUUCGCGUCAAGCAGCGUCAUCGUUUCUCACGCUUUACUGGCGAAACUCGAAGAUCUGAACACCAGGUGGAAGGUGCUGCAAGUCGCGGUUGACGAACGUUACAAGUUGCUAAGCGGAUUCGGGAAGGAUGGCAGCACUCCGGGUAGUCAGGCUUUCCUCGCGAGUAGCGUAGAACCACCAUGGGAGAGAGCCCUCACACCCGCCAAAGUGCCUUACUAUAUCAACCAUCAAUUGGAAACUACGCAUUGGGAUCAUCCGAAAAUGAUAGAGCUGAUGUCUUCUCUCGCGGACCUAAACGAAGUUCGCUUUUCCGCAUACCGAACCGCCAUGAAGCUGCGUACCGUUCAGAAGCGACUGUGCCUGGACAUGUUGAGCCUUUCCACCGCGUUGGAACAGUUUGAUUCACACGGGCUUCGGGCACAGAAUGAUAAACUGAUUGACAUCCCCGAUAUGGUAACAGUACUAACAUCGCUGUACGAAGUAAUCGCAGCAGACAAUCCAGCGCAGGUGUCCGUACCGCUAUGCAUUGAUUUGGCCAUCAAUUGGCUGCUCAAUGUAUAUGAUAGCCAACGUACUGGUCAGAUUCGAGUACUUUCAUUCAAAGUCGGUCUGGUUUUAUUGUGCAAGGGACAUUUGGAGGAAAAGUAUAGAUAUCUAUUCCGCUUGAUCGCGGAUCCUAAUAGAUUGGUAGAUCAACGAAAGCUGGGACUUUUGUUGCAUGACUGUAUACAGGUACCAAGACAAUUAGGUGAAGUCGCGGCAUUUGGAGGUUCGAACAUCGAACCCAGUGUUCGUAGCUGCUUCGAGAAGGCAGGAAAGGAUAAGAACGAGAUAGAAGCCGUGCACUUUUUAAGCUGGCUGCAGCAAGAACCGCAAAGCAUGGUCUGGUUACCAGUGCUACAUAGACUAUCCGCGGCAGAAACAGCCAAACAUCAAGCUAAAUGCAAUAUAUGCAAGGAGUAUCCUAUCAUAGGAUUCAGAUACCGUUGCUUGAAAUGCUUCAACUUCGACAUGUGUCAGAAUUGUUUCUUCUCAGGACGUAAAGCAAAAAAUCAUAAGCUAACACAUCCGAUGCAAGAAUAUUGCACUGCGACGACGUCUGGUGAAGAUGUCCGCGAUUUUACGCGCGCGUUGCGUAACAAAUUCAAAUCCAAACGAUACUUCAAGAAACAUCCUAGAGUUGGUUAUCUGCCUGUGCAAACUGUCUUAGAAGGGGACGCGCUGGAAAGCCCGGCACCUUCACCUCAGCACAGCUCUCUCAGUCAAGACAUGCAUUCCCGUCUGGAGAUGUAUGCCUCUCGACUCGCCGAAGUUGAACUAUCGCGCACAAGAAGUAAUUCCACACCGGACAGUGAUGACGAGCAUCAAUUAAUAGCGCACUACUGUCAGAGUCUAAAUGGCGGCGAUAACAUUAACGUACCAAGAAGUCCGGUUCAAGUCAUGGCCGCGAUUGAUGCCGAGCAAAGGGAAGAGCUUGAGGCUAUGAUACGGGAAUUGGAAGAGGAGAACGCGACGCUGCAAGCGGAAUACGAAAGAUUGCGCUCGAAGCAAACCCCCGGUUCGACGCCAGAAGAUGGUCAUAGUACUAGGCAACCCGAUUGCGAUAUGAUUGCGGAAGCCAAGCUGCUGAGGCAGCACAAAGGUAGAUUAGAAGCACGCAUGCAAUUACUCGAGGACCAUAAUCGCCAAUUGGAGGCGCAGCUACAGAGACUUAGACAGCUUCUAGAUGAGCCAAACGCUUCUUCACCAUCGAAGACUGGAACUUUACAAACUCGAAGUGUAACAGCAUCACAAUUGGCGACUGAUUCUCCGGCAAAAAUGAAUGGCCAUUAUCAUGAUUCUCCAGGUGGUGGAAAUUCAAACGAAGGCAGAGUCAGCAGUUUAGAGAGGCCACCACCGCCACCACAUUCUCAUAGUGUUGCUCAUAACGUGGGCAAUUUAUUGCACAUGGCAGGUGACUUAGGAAAAGCUGUAGGCGAAUUGGUAACAGUCAUGACGGAGGACACAUCGAAGACGAAUGGACAACGAGCACCACCGGCAUUCAAAUAACCGUUCCAUCAACGAAUGCUGAUAUUAGAUGACACUAAAAUUCGGUUAAAUCGACACGCUAUCCAUUUGAUAUUCACGAUUGUAAACGUUUAAUCGUAAUCAUUGACCAAUAACACACAAGUCUGGCUCUAAUACGCAUAUCAGAGACAAGUACAUGGUAUAUCUGCCACGCAAUGCAGGGUCAGGGGACUCGUCUCGUGGUGUGGUGGUUUUGGGUAUUUUAUAAGUUUUGAUAUACGUCAUUGUAUAGCUGAAUUAUAUCAAUAAGACGAUUAUGAUUUGGCUUUCGGCGCUGUCCCCUGAGAGUAACUUUAUUACAUAUUGACAUGUCAUAUCAUAAAACUAAUUGUAAUGAGAAAUCAAUUGUUAUGCUUGCUAGCUAAACUAUACAAACACAAUUAAGAGAAUAUAAUGAGAAUAAAAAAAGAGAGACACAUGUGGAAGAAAAUAUCAUUAAUGCAUGCAAAAGCAAUGUAUCAAAUCACAUAAUCUAUUAUAGAUCGUAGUUUAUAUUUACAUACCCAUUCUGUUCACUGCCACGGGCUCUUCCUCGACGUAACUUACACAAUGUACAUGUUGCGAUUCUAGACGACACAUAAUGGGAAAUAGACAGAAUUCAUAUAUCUGACCUCCUGUAUUUGACGCUCUUGAAUUUUACAUAUAUAAUCACACAAAAGAGAAUCUUUUAUAAUAAAACAGAGAGCGAUAUGCAUUACGAUUUUCAAGUUUAUUUUUUAUCCAGUUACAUGAUUUUUCAUACUUUUUAAAUAAAUUUAAACGGCAAUGUCUAUUAUUUAAACCUGCCGAAUGUUAUUAUAUAUCUAAGAAAAUAUAUUGAUAAGUACCUAACUAAUAAACUGUAGGCUGUAUUCUCUAAUAUGUAAUAAAGUUGUCUAGAAAAUACUUCAUCGCGAUAUUAUUGAAAUAUGAGCUUUUUUUUACCGUGGUUCUGUUACUAAAGUUUACAAUCUGCUUCUUGGUGGAUAAUUUUUAUAUUUUGAAUGAACUAAACGUUUUUUAUGCAUAUCACAUAGAUGCCAUAUGUUAAUAAUAUUAUUAUAUUACUAUUAUAUUACGAGCGGACGCUGUUUGCGAAAUGUAAAAUACAUAUCUUUGAAAAAAAUAUCAUAUUUUACCAAUUCGAUAAACCUUGCGAAUAAAUGUCAGAUAAUAAUGAAUAUAUUGUUAUUUGCCGUCGUUAAGUCACAAAAAGAUUGAUUUUACUUUAUAGAGUGUAAAAUGAUCGAAUAUGUUUUUUCAAGCUCCGUCUGUAGUCUGUUGACAAAUUGUUGGUUUUG